CCGUGAGUCAUUUUCUGCCCAUCUCUGGUCGCGCGGUCUCAGCGGUAGUCACCACAUUAAGAGGUUUGCAGGGUUGCAAAAUGGCAGAAGCGGAUCUUAACACGGUUUCGGAACCUGCCGCCCAAAGGGUUGCUGAAGAGAAGAUGGCUAGCUCCUCUAGUGAUUCUGGGGAGGAAUCUGACUGCAGUAGCUCUAGCAGCAGCACUAGUUGCAGCAGCAGUUGCAGCAGCAGCAGCAGCAGCAGCAGCGGCCGCAGCCGCUUAUAUAGAAAGAGGAGGGUAUCUGGGCCUUCCAGAAAAGCACGACGGGCUCCUUUGGGUAAAAGUUUCGUGGAUAGGCUGCCUCGGGCCGUUAGAAAUCGUGUGCAGGCGCUCAGAAAUAUUCAAGAUGAAUGUGACAAGGUAGACAUCCUGUUCUUAAAGGCAAUUCACGAUCUCGAAAGAAAAUAUGCCGAACUCAAUAAGCCUCUAUACGAUCGGCGAUUUCAAAUAAUCAAUGCAGAAUAUGAACCUACAGAAGAAGAAUAUGAGUGGAAUUCAGAGGAUGAGGUGUUCAGCAGUGAUGAGGAGGUGCAGGAAGACAGCCCUAGUGAAAUGCCUGCUUUAGAGGGUGAGGAAGAAGAUAACGAGCCUAAAGGAAAACCUGAGGUAAAGGCUGAAGAAAAUGAGGUUCCAAAAGAAAUUCCUGAGACAAAGGCUGAAGAAAAAGCAGAGUCUAAAGAUUUUCUGGGGACAAAGCCUGAAGUGAAAGAAGACCCUAAAGUAGACCCUCAGGUAAAGGCAGAAGAUAAAGAACAGACUAGAGCAACAGAAGCUAAGGCAAAGGCUGCCAUAAUAGAGGCUCCUAAAAGAAUUCCUGAGGCCAGGCCUAAAGAAAGAGUGAAUCUUAAAAGAGCUCGUAAGGGAAAGCCUAAAAAAGAUCCUAAAGGCAUUCCUGACUAUUGGCUGACUGUUUUAAAGAAUGUUGACAAGCUCGGGCCCAUGAUUCAGAAGUAUGAUGCACCCAUUCUGAAGUUCUUGUCAGAUAUUAGCCUAAAGUUCUCAAAACCUGGCCAGCCUAUAAGUUACACAUUUGAAUUUUAUUUUCUACCCAAUCCAUACUUCAGAAAUGAGGUGCUGACCAAGACAUAUAUAAUAAAGUCAAAACCAGAUCACAAGGAUCCCUUCUUCUCUUGGGGAUGGGAAAUCCAAGAUUGCAAGGGCUGUAAAAUAGAUUGGAGAAGAGGAAAGGAUGUUACUGUGACAACCACCCAGAGUCGAACAACUGCUACUGGAGAAAUUGAAAGUCAGCCAAGACUGGUUCCUAAUGCAUCAUUCUUCAAUUUCUUUAGCCCUCCUGAGAUUCCUAAGAUUGGAAAACUAGAGCCACGAGAAGAUGCUAUCCUUGAUGAGGACUUUGAAAUUGGUCAAACUUUACAUGAUAAUGUCAUCCUGAAAUCGAUCUAUUACUAUAGAGGAGAAGUCAAAUGUACCUAUGAAGAUAGUACAAAUUAUGGAAACAGGAAAUAUCGAAAAUAAAAACAAGAAGCUGCUUGAAAGAAUUUUCAAGAAUCUCAAAACUUCAAUCAGAAGUGAAGCAGGUUUAUAUAGCCUUAGGCGAGAUGGGAGGGGGGCACUGCUCUAUAGCCUCAACACUAGCAUUCCUUAUAGUCUUGUGUUUUCAUAUUUUCUUGGUAGUCUGAAAAUGGUCUUACAGUGUCUAAGUAUCAGUUUAUCUAGCCUGUUGUAGUGUAAUAUUCUUCAAAAUAUAUAAAUGUUGCAGUUAUCUAAAGCAUGCUCAUUUUGUGCUAUAAAGUUCUGAUUUUUGUGAAGUCUUUUUGUCAUGUUCCUAUUAGAAUGUAGCUGUGAAAACUGUCAGAAUUGUCAUUUGAGACACAUAUUUGCUUGAAAAAAACAGUUCCUGAAGUACCAACGCAAGUGUUUUUUUAUUUCCAGCCUGGAAGACUAAAAGUUUAAAUCUGCUUGCACUAGCUGUGCCUUCAUUACUUUGCUAUAGAAAUAUGGUACUUACAUUGACUAGAACAGCUUAACAGUGAAAUUUGCUUAAAAAAGAUUAGCAUACAUUUAAGAAUGUCCAUCGAGCCCAUAUAGGAUAUGACUGUGAGCUUAUUUAUGUGACAUAGUGGUCUAUAAAUUAAUAAUUAAGUUAUUGUUUACCACUGAAGUGUUAGUGACAUGGUAUUUUUUAAAAGUUUCCUCAUAUUAUACUGUGUAAUUGUAAACUGAGGUUACUAACCACAUUUUCUUUGUAAUAUGUUCUACUUUAUCUUUCACUAAGAUGAUCACUUUAUAUCAAUUGAUAUUUUUUCAUGUUCUAUUGCAUCCUAAAAUGCCAAAUAAAGUGUAUCAUGCAAUAAAAAUCUAA